ACACUUGUACUUAUGGUCCCCGCUGCAUAUUCCUCCGUCUCUCUCACACACGCACUGCAGAGGCGUAGAACUCACUCGUGUCCUCCACACCAAACCAAAUCCCUCUCAUCUGAAAAUCCGCAAACCACCACCGCCAACCGCCGCCAUGUUCCGGGACGUGUCGGCCUGCAACACCUACAACUAUGGCGACGCUCUCUACUGGGACGCCCGUUACGUCCAGGAAGCCGACUGUGGCUCUUUCGAUUGGUACCAGCGCUAUUCCGCGCUUCGCCCUUUCAUCCGCAAGUACGUCUCCCCCAAUUCGCGAGUCCUCAUGGUUGGCUGCGGGAAUGCUGAGGACAUGGUGAAGGAUGGUUUCGAAGAAAUAACAAACAUUGACAUAUCGUCAGUGGCUAUUGAGAUGAUGAAGAAGAAGUAUGAAAACGUUCCUCAACUCAAGUAUAUGCAAAUGGAUGUUAGAGAUAUGAAUUUUUUUCCUGAUGAUUCGUUUGAUAGCAUCAUCGAUAAAGGGACGCUUGACUCGUUGAUGUGUGGUACCGAAGCGCCAAUUAGUGCUUCUCAAAUGAUGGGGGAAAUGAGCAGGCUUCUUAAACCUGGAGGAGUUUACAUGCUGAUAACGUAUGGUGAUCCUACAGUCCGGAUGCCCCACAUCAAUCGACCAGUUUACAAUUGGAAUAUCGAACUGUACAUCAUACCGAGACCCGGAUUUCAAGCGCCAGCUGGAUCAACUCAGAAAUCCCACUUAGAGCCCAUUCCUCUCGGGGAUAAUGGCCUACUUCCGGCAGACUAUGUAAUGGAAGAUCCAGAUUCUCAUUUCAUCUACGUGUGUAAAAAGUUUGUACCGGCUGAUAUAGAAAGCAAAUCUACAGAUCCUUUGGGAGACGACAACGCAGUACAGAGAUGACAAUGCAAUACAAUAAAUUCCAUCAGGGUUUGCUGAUAGAUAGAUCUCUUUGCUUUUCUGUGAGCUGUUCGGGCACACCCAUUAUUUCGAAUCUUGCAGGCCAUUUAUCAUCAUAAUCGGCGUCACUUGGGGUCCUUGGAGGUUAGAAGAGAUAAACAGAAAGAGACGAAGCCCCGAGGAUAUCGUUUACCGGUUAGAAAAUACAAACUCAGAUUUAAUUUGAGGAUAUGUAUGUGUGCGGUGUUGUGUUUUUGUUACCAAACUGAUGGUAAAUAUUAGGAUACAUACAAUUGUUGCUGUGCUAAUCUUGAUCAUCAUUAUUGAUGCUACCAAAUAAUGCCAAAAAAUUCAUGACUA